AUGCCGCUCUCUCCGCCCCGCUCUCCACCUCGCUUUCCACCUCAAUCUCCGCCCCGCCGAAAAGCCUCCCGUCCACUCCUCCCACUCCCCGAAGCAGCGCUGUUCCACAACACGAAUUUCCUGGAAGAAUGCCUUUUCGAACCGGCAUUCACCAAUAUCACUUCUUGUCUCACCUCAGGUCUUAGUACUGGGAGUCCGGCAUAUGUACCCACUCCCGCUGUGAUCAGUCUGGCGGCGACGAUCRGUGUGCAUCCCAAUUAUACCACGAGAACAGCGGACAAAGACCGACAUCGAGAGGCGGCGUUGGCGGCGAGGUUCUUGAGAUGCGUGGUGGAUGUGGUGGAUGGGGAAGUCAUGUUGCGGGAGGCAUUCGCUUUCAAGAGGGAGGAAGGGAGGGGAAAUGGAAGGGCAAGUAGGAAGCGGGACUCGGGCAUCGGUGGGGAUGGAGAGCGGGCGUUGGCGGGCAGAUAUGCGGGUCCGCAGAGUCUGUGGGCGUGCGCCGCCGACUUCUGGGCGGUGGUCGGAUGGGCGAUGAACUGUAGCGUCCGACAUGCCGGGAGGUGGGAGAGAUGGAGGGGAUUGUUGGAGGUGGUGUUGGAUGUGUUGGAGAGGGAUUGGGCGAGGAGUGUCGAGGCGGGAGAGGUCAAGGAUUGUCUGUUGCUGAAAUAUCUGCAGACUAUGGGUGGCGGGCGGAAUGAUCGGCGAAGGAUGAUGAGAGCUAUUUUGGCGGAUGGGAGCGAGAAGAGUGUGGGCGAGUUUGGACAGGUGUGGAGGGAGGAGACCAGAGGGCCCAAGGCGGAAGACGAGAAUCUUCUUCGGGGCAAGAAUAAAAGGAAGUUGGAUCUUGAAAACGGCGAGUAUGGAGACUACUGGGACGAUGAUUCCGCCAACGAGCACGACAACCCCACAACAUCCACUUCCACCCGCACAUGCCGUACCAAGGCACAAAAGGCUUCCUCGGCAGGCUCCAGCGAUGCUUCAUCCUCGUCGACAACACACGCACCGACUGGCACCAUUGAGUCCUUCGGCGGCUACCACUCCCUUCGUCUCCGUCAACGCCUUCUUUCCCUGCUCGCCACCUGCUCCCAUACUUCUCCCAAACUCUUCGGAGCGGAUCUCUCCGAUCUCUGGUCCCYCUACACCGAGUUCCUUCGACCACUUCCCCUGCCCGUCUUCCAGCAAUUCAUCUCGCCUCAGAAAGCGUAUUGGAGUCCAGCCUGGCAGGCCAGUCUCUGCGAGAUGAUGUCUCGCUCUCUCCUCGGAAUUUCGGGAAGUUAUGGCCUGGUCACCCCAGAGAGCUUUCAGCGAGACAUCGUCUCGGCGACGGCUAAUAACAGUAGCGUCGUGGACAAUGCCAAGGUGGGGGUACUCGUGGAGAGUCUGUUGAGGUUGUUGUGGAUGCAAGGUUUCCUMCACGACGGCUGUGAAGGAUUACCGGACGGGAUUGAGGACGGGAUUGCGAAAAGGGAAGUCAAGGCUAGUGGAAGGAAGAAGGGAGGAGGUGCUGAUGACGAGGCGAGGGAGUGCUUGAGGCUGAGCGGGGAGAGGUUGAGGGUGCUGGGGAGUUUGAUUUGUGGAUAG